AUGGACAUUCCCAGCGCUUUCACGACCUCCUUGACGUCCCUGCCCAUUCGUUCCAAGACGCCAGAUAUGCUUGUAGCGUCGCAGCCGUCGACUCCUGGGCCAUCGCCUCUCGAUUCGGGCUACGUGUCACAGUCGAGAACUCCUAACAAGCUGUCUACACCCAGUGAAACUUUCGACUUUGGCGGUUCCUACACUCUUGAUAGAACCACCGGAGAUCUGCUGGAGAAACUAAUCAGAGACGAAUCUGACGAGUGUCCCCGCUCGGCGUUUCUCGCACCGCACCAAACGCUUCUCAGCCAAGCCAGCAUCAGCCUCAAGGCCAGCGCAAGCAGCGCAAGGCCGUGCAGCGUCAGAGCCAACAGUACCAAGGCAAGCAGUGUCCGUCAGCCGCAUAUAGCACGCGGUAGUCUUCCUUCUACGUUCUAUUCAAAGACAAUUCCCAGAACGACACCUCGCCCCAGUUCUGAAUCUCGGUCAUCGUACCUGGCAUCCGGCCCGGCUGCAAGCUCCGUCCGCGCUCCCGACCGUUUUGUGCACCCUCGCGACUCAGAAUGUGCUGCUUUUCCCAUCGGCGAGAAGUUUCGGAUGACCAAGGCCUCAACUGACCUCAACCCUGUCGAAAAGAUCCUUCGCCGUGGUAUGAUCUCGGCGGAUGCCUUCUACGCCACGCAGACCCAUCCAAAUCCUAUCCCGACAUUUGCAGAUGAACGCCAAAACUUCCUCCAUGUGGCCGGCCAGCCAACCCAAACAAGAGCUGGGACCACUCUAGAUACCGGGAAUAUGGGUGACGACCCCGGCAUGGAGUUCCGGCGGCGUCUCACCCGUGGCUCAGUCUGGUCUAUUAGUACCAUACCACCUACUACCGGUGCCAUCGACAACGGCAAUGGCACCCUGACACAAAGCGGCACCAGCUCUGUACCGUUCAUCACGUCAUCAUUCACAGAGGAGGCACCCCGCUAUAGCGCCUCUUACUGUGACAAACACCCCAGUCGCCUCGCUGCCGCUUUGGAUUUUGACCGUGCGUCACGACUUAUGCAGUGCAAUGUCGAUAAGGGCGUCUUCAAACUGCAGUCCCACGACAACCUCAUCGUUCCCACCACAAAGCGGAAGCUGCUUCCCAAGUCUCAGAAAACGUCAUGGAACGGUACUAUCUGGGUCAAUGAUAGCCUCGAGAAGAGUUAG